UAGCGGACCGAGGGAAGAAGAGGACAAGCGUAUGAGCUCUCCUUACUUUUAUCUCUCCGUCUGUCUACAGUGUCCUCUCCCAAUCUGAUGCGCUUGCUUCACUUUGGUUGGUUAUCAAGCCCUCGCUGGUAUUGUUUUCCUUCUACAUUCUCCCUCCCCUUCUCACUUCCCCUGCGUAGAACCGCCAUGUCAGUGAGGCAGAGGAUUGGCGAUGCAGAGGGGAAGCCGGCGCUGAGAGGAGUGGUGUUCGACAUGGACGGGACGCUUACAGUUCCGGUGAUCGACUUCUCGGCGAUGUACAGGGAAGUUCUUGGGGAUGAUGGUUACGCCGCUGCCAAGUCCGGGAAUCCAGGUGGUACUGUCGAUAUUCUCCAUCAUAUCGAGACUUUGGCACCACAGGAGCAGCAGCGUGCCUACGAGAUCAUCGCUGAUUUCGAGCGACAGGGCCUUGAUCGGCUCCAGAUCAUGCCUGGUGCUGCUGAGCUCUGUGCGUUUAUUGAUUACAAGCAAAUGAGAAGGGGACUGAUCACUCGCAAUGUUAAGGCUUCAGUUGAUUUGUUCCAUCAGAGAUUUGGGCUGAAGUUUGCUCCAGCAUUGAGCAGGGAAUUUCGUCCAUAUAAGCCUAACCCUGCUCCUUUGUUGCACAUUUGCUUAUCUUGGGGUAUUCCACCUAACGAAGUUAUGAUGAUAGGUGAUGGUCUCAGGGAUGAUGUGACUUGUGGCAAGCAAGCUGGAGCCUUUACAUGUUUAUUAGAUGAAAGUGGAAGGUAUGGCCCUCUCGAGUCUUUAUCGAAAGAUCGACAACCCGAUUUUAAGGUCUCGUCUCUUGCUGAAAUCCAAUAUUUACUGGAUUUAAAUUUUGAGUUGCUGCCACAUCCUCAAACCUCUUAAUAAUUUGAGAAAAAAAUUGCAGUUUGAUCUCAAUCUUCUUGAGAGGGUAAAUUUCAUUUACAUUUUAGUGCUAUUAGUGGGUUGAAAUUGUAAAUUUCUAGCAGUUGGUAGUAGUGAAGAAUGCUCACAUGUUAGACAGCUGGGCGACUUAUGGUUCCGACAGAAAAUUAUUAUUAUGAUUUUGUAAA